GGGUGGGGUCAGGCCCUCCGACGCUUCGGGAGGAGCCGGGACUGGAGGCUGCCGAGGGGGCCGGCGCCCGAGUCCGGGAUUCGGCCAGUGGUGCUGAGCGAGUGCUGGACCAGCGGCCGUCCUGUGCACCUGGCCUGCGCGCGUGCCCGCUGCUCGGCUUCCCCCAGACUAAGGCGCGGGCAGCUGCGGGAACAGGCGGGGUGGGCGGAGGGAGACCGGGAGGCACGGGCGCCCUGUGCGCGGAGGAGGUGAAGGCGGCCGGGGCCGGGACGCCAUGUCCAUGGAGGACCCCUUCUUUGUGGUGAAAGGAGAGGUACAGAAAGCAGUCAACACUGCCCAGGGAUUGUUUCAGAGAUGGACAGAGCUCCUCCAGGACCCCUCCACAGCAACAAGGGAAGAAAUCGACUGGACCACCAACGAGCUGAGAAACAACCUCCGGAGCAUAGAGUGGGAUCUAGAGGACCUUGAUGAAACCAUCAAUAUCCUUUUCUGUGGUGUCUGUGCCAUUUGGGAUAAAUAGACAAAUGGACAAGUUUUUCUCUAGUUGUUUCCAGUAUGUAGAUGAAACAUUUUAUAAUCGAUUAAUGUUUGUUGCUCUUACUUGUACCAUGACAUGUUUAAAGUAUUUGCCCAGUAACUUAAGGUACAGUAGCCAAAUUCUUAUACAGUGUGUGACAAAUCCUGUACUAUAAAUGUAUAUAUAUAUAAAGGCAGCAUAGUGUAAUGAUUAUGACUCUGGACCCUGGAGUCAGAUUUCUGGUGUUCAAGUCCUGGCUCCACCAAUGUAAAGGGAAAAAAAAAAACCCUUUUUUUCUUUUUUUUUUAAGUCUCUACCCUCACACUCAAGUCGGUAGGAUAUUUCUGACACUGUCUACUUGGAGAUAGCAUCAGGUCCACAGGUUAAGAGCUCAGUCCCACAAGACUGCCCCCACUUCAGAUGCCAGUUGCAAGCCCUAGGUUGUGACCAGCGCUUCCAACUGACCACGUGUAAAUUGGAGUUCCCACGACCCCCUCCAUAGAUCGAAUUAAUUUAAUUUGCAAGAGCAGCUCACAGAACUCCGGGAAACAGUUUCCUUAGGUUUAUCCAUUUGUUGUAAAGGAUAUUACAAAGGAUACAGAUGAAUGACCAGAUGGAAGAGAUGCAUGCAAGGUAUGGGAGAAAAGGUGCAGCACUUCCAGGCCCUCUUCACGUGCCUCCAGGAACCUCCACAUGUUCACCUAUCUGGAAGCUUCCUGAACUCUGUCCUUUUGGUGUUUGUGGAGGAUUCAUUUCGCAGGCAUGAUUGAUCACAUCAGUUGGCCAUUGGUGAUCAACUCAGCCUUCAGCCCCUUUCCCCUGGGGUGGGGUUAAGCAGGGGGCUGAAAGCUUCAACUGUCUAAUCACAUGGUUGGUUUCUCUGGGGACCAGCCCCUCGUCCUGAGGCUAUCUAGAAACCCCCAGCCAUCAAUUAUUCCAUUAACAUACAAAAGAUACUCAUCUGGAGAUUCCAAGGGAUCAAGGAGCUGUGUGCCAGAAAUGAGGGGGCAGAGACCGAAUUUGCAUUUAUUACAGUAUCACAACCAGUUACCAUGUGACUUGGGCUCAUCACUUAACCUCCUGUGCUUCAGUUUCCUCUUUAGUGGAAAGUUAGGAUAACAAGAGUACCUAGCUCAUAGGAUUAUUGGGAUUAUACAGGUAAAGAGUUUAGAAUGGCACCUGGCACACAGCUUAUGUAAUAGUGUUAGCAGUCAUUAUCAUAUAGAGGUCCAUACAGGCCAGUGUUACACUUCGGUAAUUAGAGAUCAAAAAAUCUUUUUGUAGACUGUCUUCAUGUUUAAGAAGUGAUGUUACAGUGCUACUGUCCAUUGAAGAGAUGUCUUGUUCCAUGAAACUGCAUUUAGUAAAAGCAGAUCUGUUCUGCUAAUUCAUGGUAUUGAUGUGAAGUAAGUCCACUGAUCUGACUCAUGCACUGGAGAACUGUAAAAACUUCAUUAUAUAGCCUUUUUUUCCAACUGGAAAUCCCACUUAACCAAAACUUUAGAUGGAAGAUAUGCCACUUGCAUGUUCUGAGUUCUGUUCUGUUUUUUCCCUAAGUGAGAUAAAACAUCAAGGAAACCAGCUUCUGUCAGGAUCACCUUAUAGUUAGCACAGGACAUGAAAGAUCAGAUGUCAACUUCAUCUGUGCAGGCAUUAGCUGAAAGAAAAAAUAGACAGGCACUGCUGGGAGACAGUGGCAGCCAGAACUGGAGCACUGGAACAACAGAUAAAUAUGGGCGUCUGGACCGAGAGCUCCAGAGAGCCAAUUCUCAUUUCAUUGAGGAGCAGCAGGCACAGCAGCAGUUGAUCGUGGAACAGCAGGAUGAGCAGUUGGAGCUGGUCUCUGGCAGCAUCGGGGUGCUGAAGAACAUGUCCCAGCGCAUCGGAGGGGAGCUGGAGGAACAGGCAGUUAUGUUGGAAGAUUUCUCUCACGAAUUGGAGAGCACUCAGUCCCGGCUGGACAAUGUGAUGAAGAAACUUGCAAAAGUAUCUCAUAUGACCAGUGAUCGGCGCCAAUGGUGUGCCAUAGCCAUCCUCUUUGCAGUCCUGUUGGUUGUGCUCAUCCUCUUCUUAGUGCUGUGACGGCGGGGCCUCUGGGUGCGAGUUCCUCCUGCAUAUGAACCGAGGGGAGGAGGAGAAGCUGAGCACGUGUGACAUUGCCGUCUACUCACAUUCCUAUCCUGGAAACAUACUGCUGCACUGACUUUUCUCCGUGUGACCCCACAAUUGACAUGGCUCCUCCAUCCCAGCGCUGGAAGGGCCAGUGGGAAGAGGAAAUAGAUGUCUGCACUCCUGGCUGCAGCUGGACAACAGAAGCCCCAUGCCGCCUGUCCAGUUCGGAGGAGAACUAGCUGCUGCCUUGCCUUCCGGGACCUCGUUUGCUGAGGAGGGACUUACAGACUCCACUGGUGUUUUGCUGUUGCUCAUUCCAUGCAUCUUUGGCAGCUCUUUUCUUCUGCUCAGACCCUUCCCCGUGCUCAGACAGUGCACCGCUGUCCCAUCUAAAGAAACCUGUCAGGAAUACGAGCUUUUGGGUAUGUUUCGUUUCCCAUUGCUGUAGCAUUUCUUAUCCCUUGAGAGCUGAUGAUUAUUGAGGACAGAAGGCUCAGAAACAGUUUGUGACAGAAAAUGCAGUGUUUCAUUUUUCAGGGAUAAAUGCUAAGAUAAAAUUGCUUUUCCAGGUCGUUUUUUUUUUGUGGUAAGAAUAACUAAUGGAAAAUAAUGAAACACCCUGGGGUUUGGGGAUGCUAACAACUUGUGGCUUUAACUGACAGGAGCAAUUAAAAAGAGCAAGAGGGUUCUGCAUUGGCAUAGCUUAGGGAAGGGUUAAUGAUGUCGCCACAGGUCAGCUCCUGAUCCUUGCCGACUUGAUGUUGCUGUACCAGGGCUUCCUCCCCAGAGGUGCAGCUUGCGUUUUGAGGGUGAUUGCUACAUAUGUUGUUGCUAAACAGCUCAGUAACACACUUGAAUGAAUUUGGAUACCAGAUUGUCCUCAUUACAGUUCUUUUACUCCUAGGGCACUCUACACUGGGGGUUGGGGUUGGGAGUGGUUAGUACAUUUAUUACAUUUAUUCAGAAACGUAAUGACAUAAAAGGUUAGCUCUGGGCCAGACUUCUCUUACUCUGUGGGUAAUGGUAAGGAUGUGUAAGUAAACUUGGUUCUUUUUUUUCCCUAAGAUGACGACUUGAUUUUAUCAUCUGCAGUCAAAUAACUGAGCCAAUCCAAAUUUAAAUGAUAGAUGCUUUAAUUGAGUUUAAGUAGCUGAAACUGCUGAGACACUAAACUUUAACCUUCUGAUGACUUUUUAAAAUGCCUCAAAUGUGCACAUGUAUAUAGGAUAUUUUUAUAACUUCCCUGAUGAAUAAUCUGAUAUUAAAGUAGUAUUUGGACCCAGAGCCAGAACUCGGUGGUGGAGGCUGCUGGUCUCUCCUCACCACCUUCUUUUGCACUUGGAAAGAACAGCAACAUCUGGAUAGAGUUCUAGCUUUGACUUCUCAUUUCCUUGUCUUUUUGGGUGCAUUCCUCAGCACACUUUUUUUUUAAACCUUUUUGUUUUGUUUUGUUUGUAUUUCAUGUGGUUUUAUUUGGGGGUUUUGGUUUUUUCACCCUUUUUUGUGAUUUGCAAUGAUGUGCUUGCCCAGCUAACUUUUGAAUUGCACUUUUUAAUAAAUAUUCUUAACAAUUUUUGAAGAAGGAUAUUUUAUCUCAUUUGAGAUCAUGGUAGGUUAAGAAAAUAUGCCUGUUGAUGAAAGCUAAAAGCAAAUUUACGAAACUAAAAGGGUGAUUGACAUCCAUGUUUACACUCCGCUCUAAUGUUUGAUAUAUAAAUAAGUUAUUUUCAAAUUAGGAAAAAACAGUGAGUAUUACAAAGGGCUUCAGAUGUUUAGAGUACUAGGUUAUUUAUGUUUUACAAAGUUUGAAUCUUCUAUAAACUAAGAAAGGGGAUGAUCCUUAGAUUUGCAUUAAAAUAUAGAAGUCUUUUAAAGUAAAUGUGAACCUUGUCUAAGUACUGUAAUCCACACAACACAUUAUAAGAAGCAAACCAGCAUCUUAAGGAAUUAUAAAAUUACCCUAUUUAAAAGCCAUGCUAUUGUUCUGCUAUUACCAGAUUUAUUGUGCCACACAAAAGGAUCAUGUGUGUCAGCAGGGGCCGUUUGGAACAAACCUAGUCAUUAAUGAGUAAGAUACUCCUGUUAGUUCAGGGACCAAGUUUUAUGACCCAGAGGCUUAAUGAUGUUUGGAUAUAUUUCAAAUCGGCAUGCUUACCUCACUGAUUUAAAUUAUUUUCUAAAUAGUGGCCAUUGUAGACCUGACUCAGGCUGAAGCUAAAUAGAGAACAAUUUAGAAAGUUAACUAAAAACACAGUGCAUUCUACCCGUAGGGCCACCAUGCCCUUCUGCCCCUGGCUGACUUGAUCCUGUGUCUGAUCCCAUUGCACCCUGACUGGGCAGUCCCUACAGAACCAGUGUUAAUUUGAAGGGCCUCCACUCAGGCUCCAAAUGUGGCAGCCAAAGAGAACAAUCCAGGGAACCUACAUUUAUUUUUAAGGACAAAUAUUUCCUUCUCAGUGGUCCUCAUGUUCAGGGCUUUAGAGGGAACCCAGGUGGUCUCUUCACCCUGUGUCCUAGAAUGGGAGAGUAAGUAGACAGUGGUGAUAACCCCACACUGCUUUUAAGUGCAUCUUUAUAGUAUUUGGGGCUUUCUUACCCCUUUAGCCUUCUGUACCUAGUACCAUAUUCCAGUUUUAAAGAACUGGCAGAAUGUGAUGGAUAACAGAGGAAGAGCUCAAUUUAUGUUUAUUGGAAGAACAUUUUACUUAAAUGAUUUGAGGGGUGGGAGGGAGUGAACUACUGAGUUUGCCAGAGUGAAAAUCCAUCUGAAAAACUCAACUACCUUUAGUUUUUAGUCCUAAUUUUUGGUCUUGUCUCUGUGGACUGUGAAGAAUCACAAUGCUCUAUAUGCCCUGGACUGUGUGGCAAAUGCAGGUUGCAGCGUGUGUGUUACAUGAGGAUCUUCCACAAUUUCAGAAUGCACGCCAGAGCUGAAGGGGGAAACUUGGUAACUUGCCCAUUAUUCUCUGCUUUUAGCCAGAGUUAAACAGACUGAUGGGUCUGGUAGCCAACAACUUGGCAACUUCCACUCCUUCUCACCUCGUGAGAUUAAGGGCUGUGAAAAGAAAUCUAGUCUAACUCCAACAGAAAUCUGUCUCUGUUAAGUGUUUUACCUUCUGUAAGUAGAGAUGGUAGAGCCAAGAUUUUUCUUUUGGUAAUUUCCCUGUCUAUAAAGUGAGACCAAAGGGAUAUCUGUUCCCUGUUACCUUUUUGGAGAAUUCAUAACAUUUGAAGAUCAAAAAAUUGAAUGAUAAAUAUGAAUGGCUUUUCAAUUCUGUGGACUUUGUACCAUUUGGCUUCACCUUGUACUGCAAGAUGAAUUUGUAAACAAAACAAAAUUGGACUGUCUGGAAAGCUAAAGUUCUGAAAUAUGGAAUGUACUGCCUCUAAUUUUUCUUUGUCUUCCUCUCACUGGCAUUUUUUUCUCUCCCAGGUUUCUUAAGAAUAAUGUUUUUUAAAGGAGGCUUUUUGCCCAUCAAGAAUAAAAAGAAAUAAAACCAAAGGGUUACCGGA